ACAACUGUUUACACAAGAGGAGUCCAGCUGAGUGUGAAGAGGAUAGAAGUGUUUGUUUGGAGUCUUCUGCCAAAGCAUCAAACUGAUCAUCUGAAGGCAGGGAACCAGCUAUCAGGAUCUGAAAAAGCCCUUGCAUAUAAAAACACAGACCUAAAGUGCCUCUCAGUGGACAGGAAUGCUGAGUACUGGCAUCUAAUUCAUUAUUUAAUGUGAAAUUGUGAAGAAAGAAAUAGAUUCAUGAAAUCUGAGGGUGAAACAUUUUUAUUUACUUCCAAAUGGACUAAUUAAUCCUCCCUUGCACUUUAUAUGGACAUGUUGUUGUUACGGACCAAUAUCUUGACUGUUGCUAUCACCAUUGCUGCUAAUUUGGGACUUUGUUUCUGUGGAUGUGCCCGUGCUGAAUAUGAUAUAGAUGGAGAAUGUUGCCCUAUGUGUGCCCCUGGAAACCAUGUUUACUGGCAUUGUACUGUAGAUACCAGUACAACAUGUGUUCCUUGUCCUGCAUCAACAUACACAGAUGAACCCAAUGGACUUUUAUCAUGUUUUCCCUGUACUGUGUGUGAUGCAGUUCAUCAACUAAAAGUGCAAAAGGCCUGCACACGCUCUGCAGAUACAAUUUGUGAGCCACAGGAAGGAUUCCAUUGUGUUAAACUUAAUAAAGGCUCCUGUACAUUGGCUGUGGAGCACUCAGAAUGUAAACCUGGACAAUAUAUUAAACAAACAGUCUCGUUACUUUUUACAGGAACAUCAUUUAGUGAUACUGUAUGUGCUAACUGCACAUAUGGAACUUAUUCAGAUGGCUCUCUAAUGGCCUGCCUACCACAUUCAAAAUGUGAGACUAUGGGACUUACAGAAGUAAAUGCAGGAACAGCAUCAUCUGAUACCAAAUGUGAAAAAGUGAUUUUAGUUGGUGUUAUAGUUGGAGUCACAACUGCAGUUUUUGUAGCUGUUGUGGUAGCUUUUAUGGUUGCAUACAACAUAUACAAAAACCGUAAGGCACGGGGCUCUAACGAAAGUGUCUGUUACAGACCACAACAAGCAACUGACGAGGAUUCAUAAUCAGCAGUGAACAUCAAAUUCAUGGUGGUUCUAAAUUCUCUGCAAGAUCUCUUGAAGAGUGAAGACAGUUCAUAAAGGAUAUAAAGCUGUGCUAUGGAUGUUUGAAGCUUGCUCACAGUGCCAGAGACUGUCACUCCAGACAUAGCUGUAACACCUGCAAGGGAAGACAUCCUACCUGCUUACACAAUGACAGAGCCUUGGGCAUUUACUGGCAUCUGGAACAUGAUAAUUUCAAAUUCUAUGUCAUUGUUAAGGACCAGCCAGCAACCCUUGCCUUGCUGUUCGACCCAUUAGGGUUUCUUGCGUCAUUCCUGCUCAAAGGAAAGACUGUUCUCCAAGAAAUGUGCCGAAAUGGCAUGGGCUGGGAUGAUCCCUUACCUGAUGAUUUGCAGCCAGGUUGGGAGCACUGGAAGGUGCUUGUUCAUUUGGAGAACAUUGAGGUGCCUCGUAUCAUGCCAGCUGGGUUUGGGAGAGUCAAAAAGAGAGACAUCCACAACUUCCAAAUGGUGAACCAGAGGUCAAGAAGGCUCAGUCUCUGAACACGCAAACAGUACAGUAUCACUGCUUAUCCAACCGUCUCACAAGGUUGUCCUCAUGGUCCAAAGUCAUCCAAGCAGUUGCAUGUUUACUUUGCCGUGUCAGGAGGGACAAGUCCAGUGACCACAGUACAGUGGCAGAACGUGAGGAUGCUAAGUGCAUCAUCAUCAAGGACUUACAGAAUCAGCCAUAUGCAGAAGAUAUGAGAUCAGAUCAAGAGGAUUUUGGAUGACAGGAGCAAACAGGACUGUAGCCUCCUUUGUACAACAGUGUGUGAGAUGUCGCAAGUUUCACAGACCCACGGAAGAGCAAAAAAUGGCAUACCUGCCCUCAGAGCGUAUAGAUCCAUCCCCUCCAUUUACAUUCUGUGGAAUGGAUGUUUUUGGUCCCUAAAUUAAACGAUUAAGGACACUGAAAUGAAUUGAGACAUCUAGUUGCUGUUUGUUGUUUUAUUUUUUGGUAUUUUGUUUUGUUUUUUGACUUUGUUGUUUGUCACCUGGUUGAAAAGGAGAACAAGGCAGUCGAACAUUUCACACUUAUAAACACAUAUAUAGUGUAUAUCCUGUCUCUAUGACUGUUUUAUGUGUUUGUUUUAUUUAUGAUUAAUUUUGUGUUGUUUAUGAUAAAUGUUAGCAUUAAUUUAGUAAUUUUGUUGCUGUAAAGUCGAUUGUUUAUUUCUAAAUGGAUGUGAAUUCAUUACAAAUUCCAGUAUUGUUUAUUCAUCUGCUCUUACGGUGUUGUGCAGUUAAUAUGCACAAUAAACACAAAGGAAGAGAGUACAACAUCAGUGCAUGAGUUAAAUCCUUUAUGCUUUAACUGGGCUGUUACACUACCCAACUGAAUUUUAACAUGUUCAAGUCGGUCUUUUUUGUUGUUCUUGGUCAAGAGUGUUAUUCGGCAAGAUGCCCCAACAUAAAAGCCAUGCUUGUCUGGUGUUCUUCUUAUACACUGCAUUGAAAGUUUUUUGCUCCUUUCAUCGAGUCAUCUUACAAGUCUUUGGCUGUACAUUGCAGGAUUUUCUCACUUGCUCUGAUCAAAUAUAUUAUGAUAUUGUGCUUUUUCUUCAACACCCUUUAAAGGUUUUCUGGUACAACACAUUUUAAACUAAGGAAUAAGGCUGCCAGCUGUCUCAGCUGCCUCUCUAGGAACAUGUCUUUGAAAUCUUCAUGUAGUCUUGGACUUUCUAAUGUAAUAAAAACUGAUAAUCUCUAUAACUUUUGAGAGAGCUCAAUUGAUUUUGCCAUUUUUGCUACUCAACUUUAGCACAUGCAUGGGCUAAGUUUAUGUAUGUGUAACAGCUCAAGCUAAUUCUGUUUUUUAAUUGUGUUUUAAGACAAUUUUGUUCCCCACCAUACAAAUAAAUGACUUAAAUAGCAAUGUUAA